CCGGUAGGCCCCGUCGUGUGCGGACGUCUUUCGCGUCUCGUCGUAAAUAAUCGUGUCCAAUUGAACGUAAAUAAAGCGUGAAGUGCUAACGUGACUGAAUAAAAUCGUGUAUCUAAGUUUCGUGACUUGUGGAAAUGUUCUGAUAUGAAUUAAGGAUUAAAUAAUAUUAAUAUAUUUUAAUUCGUUUUGAUUUAAACCGUAUAAAUGAUGGGUGUAAGCAGUUGUAUGAGUCUGAGGCAGGCGAGAGGGUCGUGCCAUUGCCCAGCCUGUCCUCGGGCUUCGGGACACGGGGUGUCGAUGCCGCCUCAGACUCUGGUUCUGCCACCAAUGGCCCUGGAACCGGAAACUACUCCGGUUAAGGACAAGAAAGGAUCGAAAAUGAAGGUCCUGAAAAAGAUUAAGAAGAAAAUAGGACUAGCGCCCCGCACCUCCUGCACCGGUGGUACUCCUAACAACCUACCACCGCUCAGCUUCCACGCUGUCCACGGCGAAAACGUCCGUGUUUCACGCGAUGGUGCGACUGCGAGACGUGUCGAAUCGUUUUGCAAGGGCGUCGUGUUCAGCGCUCGACCCGUUAGGGUAAAUGAAAAAGUGUGCCUCCGCUUUCUGGAAAUGUCAAACAGCUGGAGCGGUGUCCUACGUUUCGGAUUCACCACCCACGAUCCCACGACCCUAGCGCACGCACUCCCGAAGUACGCCUGCCCAGACCUAACAAAUAAGCCCGGUAACUGGGCAAAGGCACUCGGCGAAAGGUUCUGCGAGAAGGACAAUAUUUUGUAUUAUUACGUCAAUUCGGCUGGUGAUGUCCACUUCGGUAUCAAUGGGGAGGACAAGGGCAUGUUUUUCUCGGGCGUCGAUACACGCAGCCCGCUCUGGGCAUUAGUCGACGUGUAUGGCAAUUGCACAGCCGUCCAACUGGCUGAUCCCCGAGCCCCCAGUCAAGUAAGAAGAUGUACGCAGAGUCCAAUUUCUGAGGAAGAUAGAAUAAUCAGUGGUAUGCGCUCCAUGACAGUUGAAGAAGCUUUACCAGCUCCUCGAUACCAAAACCCGCUGGUUCCACUGAGCCUUCAUAGGACAAAAGGCAGGAAUGUCCAGUUCAUCAACGAUAGAGGUAUAGCCGCUAGGAUCGAAGCGGAAUUCUGCCAAGGAUACGUGUUCACAGCACGACCGAUGCGCCCAGGACAAACUAUUGUUGUCCAAAUUUUAGCAACGGAAACAGCAUACGCUGGAAGCUUAGCGAUCGGUUUGACGUCCUGCGACCCUGCAACCCUCAGACCCAGCGAUUUACCAGAUGAUGCGGAACAGCUGUUAGAUCGUCCAGAAUACUGGGUGGUUCGACGUGAUGCAGCCAACGGUCUCCGGAGAGGUGACGAAUUAGCCGUCACCUUGACCUUAGAUGGAGAAGUUCGUGUCAGCAGAAACGGUUCCAAUCCUGUGACAGUAAUGCACGUGGACCACACGCUGAGACUUUGGGCGUUCGUAGAUAUUUAUGGAGCUACGCAAAAAGUGAGGAUGUUGAGCUCUCAAGCGAUGCAAGCACAGACUCCGCCGCAACAAUUGAGAGUACUGGCAAGUUCUGCAGCGCCGAUAAACGCUGGAGCGGGUGGAACAGUACUAGUCGUCAGUCUUCCACCGCAGAAUGGAGCUCAGAAUGCAGCGAACCACCAGCAGGGAUUGACGUUGGCUAGUGCGCACUAUAUUGAGCCAAUCCAAACGACUUCCCAACUCUGCUUGGCGGGUCUUCAGUCAAUCUCAACCCAAGCUCCAUCAUGCUCAGUGCCUCAACCGUACCGUCCCCGGACAGAAGGCCAAUGCUCUUCUACCAGCCAAAACAACUCCAACGAGCAACUACAAAUGCCCAACGGACUCUCGGAACCAUUAAGACUCGACAGGAUUCCCAAUGGACCUUCCACUAGCCGACCCAUACCAUCUACCUCACACCAUCAACCAAUUUACUCUGUCAUCGGGGAAGGAAACCUCACAGGCACAGAAUGCACAAUUUGUUAUGAAAAUCCAAUAGACAGCGUGCUUUAUAUGUGUGGUCAUAUGUGUAUGUGUUACCGCUGUGCAGUUCAGCAAUGGAGAGGGAAGGGUGGCGGCCAAUGCCCACUGUGCAGAGCACAAAUUAAGGACGUUAUCCGCACAUACAAAUCUUGAUGUGUUUGUAAUUCGUGUUGUCUAAAAGAUGUCGGUAUGAUUUUCGCGCGUUUUUCGCUGUCAAACUGACGUUGAUACGCGACUAGCGUCCUGAUUGAAUGGUAUGAAUGAUUGAACGGUUAGAUUUGGAUGAGUGUCGUUAGUAUAAGGUGAAAAUAAUAUGCCAAAAAUACGUUCGGAUACUCGACACGAUAUGAUUUGACAAUUUUAAUAUAUUCGCUAAGGUAGCUACUCCAAAAAGUAUGUAUAUAAUAAUGUAACGUAUUUAUGUGUACAAAAACACUGACAUUAAUUAAUUAUAAUUUGACAUAUAGAAAGGUUUUGAGAGUAAUUUGGCUGUUAUCAUGAUAUGUAUUGUAAUCAUAAAGGAAUAUAUGUUAAAAUAAUAUAUACAUUUAAAUAAUUUAGUUACAUAAACGAUUUUUUUAACAUAACCUAAAAAUUUAAUACGAAAUAGGUUAUUUUAAACAAAUUAAAAAAAAAAUAUUUUUCAUGUAACCAUGACUUUUUAACCGUAACGUUUAUUUCAAGGAUAUUUUUAUUGUUUUAGCAAUACGUCAAUAUUUAUAAUAAUAUUCAUGUAUUUUUGAAACAAUAAUUUAAAAAAAAAAAGACUUGUAACAAAACGUCACAUAUGUCUCUUGUAUACGUCACCUUGACAUUAUAAGUAAUCAUUAAAAAUAUAUACUAUCUAUAAUUUGCGCAGAUAAUAUAAUACGUUGAGUUUAAAUACGCGAGGCUAAAUUAUUUGUGUAUGACGGUAGUUUUGCUAGGUAUUAAUAAAUAAUAGGGUUCCUAAGUUAGAGU